GUCCAUCCACGUGUAUGUGUUUGAUUAUUGAUUAAUUUUCCCCCAUUACAUCACCAUUUCACAUAAACAUACAGCUCAUUAAUUACCCCCCAAAAACCCAAAUUGCCGUGCUUGGACAAAAUGACUUAAUUUCUCAUACACAACAAACAAAAUCAACGAACUUUAAUGGAAGAGUAUAUGUAUAUGCAGUAAAACGCGAUACAUAUAUUAUCAGCAAUGAAAGGAGGCGUCUUUUCGGCGCCUGGUGAUUACAUCUACUUUAAGUCUCAAGUUCCUCUUCACAAGAUCCCUAUUGGGUCAAAGCAGUGGCGAUAUUAUGACUUUGGCCCAAAAGUGGUUCCCCCACUGAUUUGCCUGCCUGGCAUAGCUGGAACUGCUGAUGUAUAUUACAAACAGAUAAUGUCAUUAUCUAUAAAGGGUUACCGUGUGAUUUCUGUUGAUAUUCCACGUGCGUGGAACAACCACGAGUGGAUUCAAGCAUUUGAGAAGUUUCUAGAUGCUAUUGAUGUUCAUCAUAUUCAUCUCUAUGGAACAGCCCUUGGAGGCUUCUUAGCUCAGCUUUUUGCUCAGCAUCGCCCCCGGCGUGUUAGAUCCUUGGUACUUUCAAAUACGUUUGUGGAGACCACUAGUUUCUCAGCUGCAAUGCCAUGGGCUCCUAUUGUUAGUUGGGCUCCUUCUUUUAUACUGAAACGGCAUGUGCUAAGUGGAAUUCGUGAUAGUCCCCAGGAACCCUUUAUUGCGGAUUCUGUUGAUUUUGUUGUUUCUCAGGUUGAGACACUUUCAAGAGAAGACUUGGCUUCCAGAUUGACAUUGACAGCUGAUGCUGCAUCAGUUGGACCCCUUAUUCUUCCAGAUACUUCCAUCACUUUAAUGGAUACAAAUGACUAUUGUGCAACCCCUCAAUCACUCAAAGAUCAAGUGUCUGAAAGAUACCCGGGCGCGAGAAGGGCAUACCUGAAAAGUGGUGGUGAUUUUCCAUUUCUUUCACGGCCUGAUGAAGUGAAUCUUCAUCUUCAGCUACACCUGAGACGCGUUGCUGUUGAAGCUCGACCUGACUUGGUCCCCGGAGUUCCAAAGGAUGGUAGUGGUGGAAGUUCGAAAGAGCCAAACAACGGAAGAGGGGAUGCUGAUGAUUCAUCAGAAAAUGAUAAAAGAGACUCGGAAGCACCUUCUACGGCAGAAAGUGCAGAUCCCCCCUUGGCCCCAGAAGCUACCGGUUCUCAUGAUUUAGAUAACCAACUGCUUAAGCUCUCUGACAACAAAUCUGUCAUACCUCCUCUACAAAAUGCACUUCUCUGCGACAAGCAGAGCUUACUACUAGUCUUGAGAGCUCUUCUAAGCAUCACAUGUGAGUUUUUUAUUCUUAAUAUGCUACCGCUUUACUUAGGGAACUGUACAUUAACUGAAAAUGUAGCUGCAAUGUAGACACUUGAUGGGAGAUAUUUUUUAUUCUAUACUUUCUUUUUGUAUAUUAUGGGUUUGAGAAGUAUCAUUGCAAAGAGACUAUGAAAUUCAAGACUCUUAAGUCAAGUUUGUGUUGGGAAA